UGGCUUUGGCCGGCGAAGUGAGAGGUUUAUAUUUAUUCUGAUUCAUUUUAAUAUUGACAUCGAACGAUAGUGCGUGACUAGACUCGUUAGUUCCACUAGAAUUCAAGAAAGAUUUUAUAGCAGUUCAAUAAUUUUAAUAAUAGUAAUUUUUUAUAUAAUCACAAGUAAAUAUUUCUCUUAGUAAUCUCAUUAUUAAAUAAGAAUUCAAGAUGGUAAGCGGCCGUGCUCUACACUUCGUAUUCAAAGUAGCCGACAGGACACUGACGGCUAAAUUCUACAGAGAAAUUCUGGGAAUGAAGGUAUUGCGCCAUGAAGAGUUCAGUGAGGGCUGUGAAGCUGCUUGCAAUGGACCUUACGCCAACCGUUGGAGCAAAACCAUGGUUGGCUACGGACCAGAAGACUCACACUUUGUAGUUGAACUAACAUACAACUAUGGUAUCACUCACUAUGAACAGGGCAAUGACUUUGUCGGCCUUACGGUACAGUCCAGUGAGAGUCUGAAGCGUGCUGCAGCCAACAACUGGCCCGUUAAGGAACACAAUGGACUCAAAUAUCUGGAGGCACCUGGAGGCUACAAGUUCUUCGUUGUAGACAAACCACAGCCAGUUGACAAAGAUCCAGUGGUAAAGGUGUCCCUGGCCAGUUCAAACUUGGAGAAAUCCAUCGCCUACUGGAACGGUCUUCUCAGUCUCAAGAUCUUCGAGAAAUCACCAAAAUCUGUUAUCCUCGGCUUUGGCGCAGAUCAAGCUAAACUGGAACUCGUUGAUAUUGGUGAGCCAGUGAACCGCGCGAAGGCAUACGGCAGGAUCGCGUUCUCUGUUCCUUUCGACGAGCAGCCAAUCAUUGACCAGAAGAUCCAAGCGGCGAAGGGGACCAUCCUGACGCCCCUCAUCUCUCUGGACACCCCGGGCAAGGCCACCGUCAGGGUCAUCAUCCUAGCGGACCCCGACGGCCACGAGAUCUGCUUCGUUGACGACGAGAGUUUCCGCCAGUUGUCGCAAGUCGACCCCGCCAGCGACGCCGAUCUCGACAAGUUCAUCAAAUCGGACAAGUCGAGGGCGUAAACGUACUGAUAUUUUUAUUUCUGGGCGAGGGUACUUUUUAUUUCUUCUUCGAGCCUUUAAGUAUUUUGCGCUGACAACACAAUAAUAUGUUAUUAUAAGCUGUAUGUAUACUAUGUAUGCAACUAUGCACGUUAGAGCUCAUUUUCAAGUUGUUCAUAUGUAAAAAUGACUAAUAUAAAGUUUUGUAUUUAAUACUUAUUUAAUGUAAUCAAAGGUUCUCAUCACAAAUCAUUAUCUAGUAUUUAAUUAUCUUGCCCCUUUAUUGUUGUGAUAUUUGUAUCCACUUAAGUGUAGCAUUCCGUAGUUUUGAAGUGGCAGUAUUAAGUUUUGUUACAUUGUUGUUAAUUGGUAUGUUUAUAAUAUAAUGUAUAUUUAUCGCCUAUUGUUGUGCUCAAGUACACAGUAAUAUAUAAAUUAUAUACGUACAUACCACUAUAAAAUAUAAUUUUAUCGCGUA